AUGUCACCAUAUAAAUGGAUGUACUUUAAACCAUAUGGAAGUACAGUAAAUCUUGAACCACUUUUGAAUAAUACUGAAUGUAUUGGUCCAUCAUCAUGUUAUUGGCUUUUACCUGAUAAAGUUAAACGUUUAUUUUAUUUAUCGAAUGAAACCACAGCAUCGAGAUAUUCGAUAUCAUCGAAUGGAACAUUAACUAUAGUUAAUAUUCAACCGAAUGAUAAUGGAAUUUAUCAUUUUUUUGCAGCAAAUAAUAGUGAUUGGAUUGUAUCAAAAUCUUUAUUAAAUUUACAUGGAGCACCAUUUGAUUCACUUUGGUUGGAAUAUUGGCCUAAUGUUGUCGGUGGACUUGUUGCAAUGGCAGCUGUUUUCAUAACAUUUGGUCUAAUUAUGUUAGCUGAUAAGUAUCGAUAUCGUUCACCUUCAUCCUUAUCAACGCGUCAUAUAUCAAAACGACCAGGAACUGUUGAACCUAUGCGUGACUCUGUUGUCAUCGAACGAACAAAUCCAGCAUUUGUUAAUGAUGGUUAUGAUGAAAGUACAAUGCAAAAUCAUGAGCAUAGUCGACGUCCAUCGACUAACAGUAACGCGUCUGAUCUGCGCGUUGAAAAAUUUUAA